ACCUACGUUUGCUCUCAUCUCUAUACAGAAAAGGUGAAAUUUUUUUUUUGAAGUGUUCAAUAAAACUUUUGCUUCUUCUUCUUUAGAUAGAUAACCAGAGAGAGUAACAUUUGCUUACUUUCAUGGAUUCAGUGAAGAGAAGCAGUUUUCCUGAAGAUUUUUUAUUUGGCACAGCAUCUUCUGCUUACCAGUUUGAAGGUGCUGCCUUUAAGGAUGGAAAAGGAGCAAGUAUUUGGGAUACCUUCACUCAUAAAUACCCACAGAAAAUUAUGGAUGGCAGCAAUGGAGAUGUAGCUGUUGAUUCCUAUAAUCGUUACAAGGAAGAUGUGGCGAUUAUGAAACAAAUGGGGUUUAAUGCCUAUAGAUUCUCAAUCUCGUGGCCGAGAAUUUUGCCAAAUGGAAAGGUUAGUGGAGGUGUGAACAAGAAAGGAAUCGAGUACUAUAACAAUCUCAUCAACGAACUUGUUGCAAAUGAUAUCCAACCCUUCGUCACACUUUUCCAAUUUGAUCUUCCCCAAUCUUUACAAGACGAAUAUCAAGGCUUCCUAAGUGAUCAAAUUAUAAAUGACUUUCGAGACUAUGCAGAGCUUUGCUUCAAAGAAUUUGGAGACAGAGUGAAAUAUUGGAUAACCUUAAAUGAACCGUACAUCUUCAACCUUAUGAGUUAUGUGGAAACUGGAAAAUUUGCACCAGGUCGUUCUUCUGCCGAACAUGCAUUUGAUAUACUUAGAGGAGGAUCUGAGGGAACUGAACCAUACAUUGCUACUCACAACCAAAUUCUGGCUCAUGCAGCUACUGUGAAGGUCUACAGGACAAAAUAUCAGGAACAACAAAAGGGUGAAAUUGGCAUGGUAUUAGUGGGAGAUUGGUAUGUACCAUAUUCGGAUAGCGAAGAAGAUCAAAGCGCAACAAGUCGAGCUUUAGAUUUUACUUUUGGUUGGUUCCUCCAUCCACUCGUGUAUGGAGAUUAUCCUUCAAUUAUGAGAAGUGUUGUGAAGGAAAGAUUGCCCAAAUUCACAGAAGAAGAGACCAUUUUGAUAAGAGAAUCCUUCGAUUUUAUUGGAUUUAAUUACUUUACAGCUUAUUAUGCAAAGGAUAACUCCAGUGAAGCCAUUCCAAACACUCAAACUCCAACCUAUUUGACUGAUUUGGGUCCAAUAACUAUUACACAUGAGCGUGAUGGAGUCCUAAUUGGUCCAAAGGUGGAGGAAUCAUCAUGGCUUGCAACUUAUCCACAAGGAUUGAAAGAUGCAUUAAUAUACCUAAAGAACAAUUACAAAAACCCAAAAAUCUACAUCACAGAAAUUGGAUCUAUUGAUAUUGAUGGCCCUCAAAUUGAUGAAUUGAUCAAUGAUGAAGAUAGAAUUAAAUACCACCAACAUCAUCUUUAUUAUCUUAACCAAGCAAUCAAGGAUGGAGCAAGAGUAAAAGGAUAUUUUGUAUGGUCAUUGUUGGACAACUUUGAAUGGUCAAUGGGAUUUUUACAUCGCUUUGGUCUCCAUUACAUUGAUUUCAACGACACCGAUUUGGAAAGAAUCCCAAAGGCCUCAGCUAAAUGGUUCCAAAAUUUCCUUAAGGACAUGGAAGAUGUUCAACAAGAUUGAUCUUUUUACGUAUUUUCUCUGUUGAUAUCUUAUGGUUUUUAUCGUUAUUGUCUUCUAAGAAAAUACUUUGCUAAAUAAGUCAAUAUAUGACACAUGUAUGUUUCAAAUUUUCAUUUC